AUGGAAGAGCACCGGGGAGGCGUUGAGCGUCUGCAGGCCGUCGGGGGCAAGUGGGAGGCAGGCAACGCCACGGGCCGUCGGGGGCAAGCCCAGGAGGCAGGCCUUUGCCACACGGGCCGUCGGGGAGCCCAGGAGGCCCAGGCCUUGCCACGGGCCGUCGGGGGCAAGCCCGGGAGGCAGGCCUUUGCCACGGGCCGUCGGGGGCAAGCCCAGGAGGCCCAGGCAGCGCCACGGGCCGUCGGGGGCAAGCCCAGGAGGCAGGCACUGCCACGGGCCAAUCAAAGGGAGCAAGCCCCAGGAGGCAGGCCUUGCCACGGGACCGUCGGGGGCAAGCGGGAGGCAGGCCUUGCCCGCGGGCCGUCGGGGGCAAGCCCAGGGAGGCAGGCCUUUGCCCACGGGCCGUCGGGAGCAAGCGGGAGGCAGGCAGCGCGGGCCAAUCAAAGGGCAAGGGAGGCAGGCCUUGCCACGGGCCCGUCGGGAGCAAGCGGGAGGCAGGGCCUUUGCCACGGGCCGUCGGGGGCAAGCCCAGGAGGCAGCAGGCGCCACGGGCCAAUCGGGAGCAAGCGGGAGGCAGGCAGCGCCACGGGCCGUCGAGGAGCAAGCGGGAGGCAGGCCUUUGCCACGGGCUGUCGGGGGCAGCCCCAGGAGGCCCAGGCACUGCCACGGGCCGUCGGGGGCAAGCGGGAGGCCUUUGCCACGGGCCGUCGGGGGCAAGCCCAGGAGGCAGGCCUUUGCCACGGGCCCAAUCGAAGGAGCAAGCCCCAGGAGGCAGGCCUUUGCCACGGGCCUGUCGGGAGCAAGCCCAGGAGGCAGGCAGCCACGCAGCCGUCGGGGGCAAGCGGGAGGCAGGCAGCGCCACGGGCCGUCGGGGGCAAGCCCAGGAGGCAGGCCUUUGCCACGGGCCAAUCGGGAGCAAGCCCGGGAGGCAGGCAGCCACGGGACCGUCGGGGGCAAGCCCCAGGAGGCCCGGAGCGCGCCACGGGCCGUCGGGGGCAAGCCCGGGAGGCAGGCAGCGCCACGGGCCGUCGGGGGAGCCCAGGAGGCAGGCCUUUGCCACGGGCCGUCGAGAACAGCCCAGGAGGCAGGCACUGCCACGGGCUGUCGGGGGCAAGCCCCAGGAGGCAGGCAACGCCACGGGCCGUCGGGGGCAAGCCCAGGAGGCAGGCCUUGCCACGGGCCGUCGGGGGAGCAAGCGGGAGGCAGGCCUUUGCCACGGGCUGUCGGGGGCAAGCGGGAGGCAGGCCUUUGCCACGGGCCGUCGGGAGCAAGCCCAGGAGGCAGGCCUUUGCAGCCUGCCACGGGCCGUCGGGGGCAAGCCCCAGGAGGCAGGCCUUUGCCACGGGCCGUCGGGAACAAGCCCAGGAGGCAGGCCUUUGCCACGGGCCGUCGGGGGCAAGCGGGAGGCCCAGGCAGCGCCACGGGCCGUCGGGGGCAAGCCCCAGGAGGCAGGCCUUUGCCACGGGCUCGUCGGGGGCAACUGGGAGGCAGGCAACGCCACGGGCCGGUCGGGGGCAAGCGGGAGGCAGGCCUUUGCCACGGGCCGUCGGGGAGCAAGCGGGAGGCAGGCCUUUGCCACGGGCUCGUCGGGGGCAAGCGGGAGGCAGGCCUUUGCCACGGGCCCGGUCGGGGGCAGCCCCGAGGCAGGCAGCGCCACGGGCCGUCGGGAACAGCCCAGGAGGCAGCAGGCCUGCCACGGGAAGCAGCUGGGAGCCCCAGGCCUUUGCCACGGGCCGUCGGGGAGCAAGUGGGAGGCAGGCAGCGCCACGGGCUGUCGAGGGCAAGCGGGAGGCAGGCGCGCGCGGGCGUCGGGGGCAAGCCCAGGGAGGCAGCCUUUGCCACGGGCCAAUCGAGGAGCAAGUGGGAGGCAGGCAGCGCCACGGGCUGUCGAGAAGCCCCAGGAGGCAGGCCUUUGCCACGGGCCGUCGGGAGCAAGCCCAGGAGGCAGGGACGCGCCACGGGCUCGUCGGGGGCAAGCCCGGGAGGCAGGCAGCCACGGGCCAAUCGGGGAUCAAGCCCGGGAGGCAGGCCUUUGCCACGGGCCGUCGGGGCAGCCCGGGAGGCCUUUGCCACGGGCUGUUUUGGACUUGGGAAAGGGAUGGUGCUCGGCACUUGACCUUUAAUGUUUGA